UUUUUUUUUUUUUUUUUUUUUUGGCCUUCCCUGAGGCAUUUCUCUCAAAAUUUUUAUUUUUCAUUCCGGAACGGAAAUAAACCCGCGAUAAAUAUAUUUCAUGAUUUGAACUUUUCAUAUUAAUGUACUUGUGCUAUCGGGACACGCACGCGUUGCGUCAUCUACCGCUUAUCAUCGAGUAUACAUUUCAGCCACUUUCCUCAACACAUUCGCUAAAUUGUAUCUCCUUGGCUGGUCAAUGUUUAUCUCUACUGAUCAUCAUCUCUUUCCUAUGGUGGCAUUAUCCCUUCUUCUAUUAUUGCUCUUUUCUAUUCACCAAACCAUUCACUUCCCUGUAUUACUUUCUAGCUUCAACUAUAUCUGUUUUAAUAUUUCUCUCCUCUCCUUUAGGUUCUUUUCAUCAUUUCCCAUCUCUCUGCUGUCUGUCGAACAAUUUUCCUUUCUUGUUUUCUCUCCAUUCACAAUUCACUAACUAAUUUUUAAUUUAACUAGAUGAGGGCAUAAAUGUGACAGAACAUAGCAUAGCGUGGCAUGCAGUUUUUUACUUACUACUGUUAUUGUUAUUAUACCUGGCGUUUGAAAAAUGGAGGGCAAAAGCCCCUAGGGGGAAUAUAAAAGAGAGAAAAAGAUAUGUGGGGUGAAAAAAACUGAGGAAGAGUAAAUAAAAAGCGAAGUUUUCUUAUAUUUAGGUCAGCUAACUUUCUUAGUUAAAUAUUCAGAGUUUAAUUCCAACCCCCUAUCCGGCAAACACCCACUGCUUAUACAAAGCAACCACACUUCUUCUUCACCCUCUUAACCUCCUCCAUCUGUUCACAUUAAAGCAUGUCAUGUUCCUCUCCUUACAGGCGCAGAGAGCUUCCUCGUUACCCAAUUUCUCCCGGCCGUCGAUUCUUCUUCAGUCACGAUGUGGGAACCAGUUGCUCUCCUUUUCAAGAACGACUCCUUAUCGCCGCCUGUACCCCCUCCACCAACUCCAGCCGAAACACGGGUCGUACCCUAAUGUUAUACGGGACCCGCUUCGACUUUGGCUCCAAGAUUUGUAGCGGUAGAUGAGAAUAUGGCUGUUGCUGUCAAGUCUGGCACCAGCUUGGGCGCGGACGAAGGAUAUAUAUAGGCUUUAAUUUGUCUUGAAAUUUGUCUUGAAUAAAUGACAUGUUCCUUAAAGUUCCUGCGCGCCUGUAUGCAAUUCUGGCCAGCUGUUCCUGGCCAUGCAGCGUGCGUGCUCCAGGGGUGUUGUGCCACGUAACUCUAUUUGAGCAGCGUUGACUGAGGCUGAGAAAGAUGGCAUUGUUGCCAAACUCCGUCGAGCAUUCGAUUCUAUGUAACAGGCUGCGUGUCCAUGGCCUGAACUUUUUUGGAAGCUUGGGCGGUGGUUUCUCUGGUGAAGGAGCCUUUGUUUAAGGGCUCGCAAGCAAUUGCCAAGCCUUAAUUGAAUGUGGAUGUCUCUCUCAGAUUAUAAAACCACAACAUAUGCGGGGAUGUGCAGAUGAAGAACAUUGUGGUUGCAGAGAGCCGGCCAAGAUGACCAAGGAAAACGAUCAGUCGACAUCAUGCUUGUGGAUUGUGAAGAUGUUGGAUGGUAUCCGAACUUCUGGGGAAUCAUUCAUGUUUUUCAAAAACAAAAAAUUUGUAAUAGAAUUACAAACACAUAAAUAAACAAGAGAGGGAAAAAAAAAAAAAGUAAAAGACGAAGAAAGCAAAUGUCAAUCUCAAACCAACCCCGCCGCCUCCCGGGCCAUCCUCAAUUCCUUCCCCCGAAUCCCCACAUCAUCCAAAUACAACUUAAAUGCCUCCAAAAGCUCCGCCAAUCCCCCCUUCAACGCCUCCUUAAUCAUCUCCACCUCCUCCACCCUCCUCGCCUUCUUCUGUAUCUCCAUUUCCGCAUCUGCAGGAGGAAAGUCAACAUCCGUCCAAUGGACAUCCAACCCCCCCUCACCAGCGCCAGUAAAGGACUCUAGAGCCAUCGCAGUCUCCGUAAACAGGCGCACAACAGCGGCAAUGUCCGCCUGCACUUUCCCGAACUGAUCCUCUGCCAUACUCGCGAUGAGGAGGCGGGUGAGAGACUCUACCGCAUCGAUGAUCGGGGACAGGCUGGCGUAUGGCUUGCCGAGGAUGAUAAUGCGGAGUCGUCGUGCGUAGGAUCGGCGGAAUGGUAAGCCCGCGAGGGAGCUGAGGAAUUGGUGGAUUAGGGGGUGUGUGCGGGGUCUACCUGAACUAGAUGAAGAGGAGGAAGAGCAUGUGAGGAGUUUGAGCUCCUGGGCUGAGGCGGAUAUGCGUUUCCUUUGCUCCGGGCUGAGGACGGCGGUGGUUGCGCGGUUAAAGAUGUUACGGGCUUGGUUGCGGGCGGCUGGCGUCCAGUUUGGGGAUUGGCCGUAUGAUUUAGCUACGGAGCCGAAAGCUGAUUCGAAUUGUUCGGGGCGGGUGGUGGGUUUGGACGAGGCGAGGAAGAUGUUGUCUCCCUUUGGAGCGGAGGUUAAGCGAGGUAGGGUGUGAAUAGUGGUUGGUUGUCCAUCCAUGUUGCUACUAUCCGAGGUCUUCCCAGAUACUGUAGAGGAGUCUGCGGCCGGCAGUGUUGUUGGGUUUUGGUGUUCAUUUAUCCGAGCAGUUAUUCCCUUAAUAACAUUGGUCGACGCGCCGAGAAUCUGGGUCCAUGCUGAUCCUCCGUUGCGGUCGAUGUCGGCAAAGAUUGCUUUCCUGCGCUCCGGAAAUUGCUGGCCGAUUAAGCACAGUUCCCAGAAAGCGAAUGUUCGAACGACAUCCCUUUUCGCCUUCAGCCCGUUUAUUAGACUGCCAUUCGGGUCUUUGGAUUCAUUCGUCAGUGGCUGGCCCUUUUUCAAGGGUGCCUGGCCCAAAAACGUUGAAAAUAAGAGAUUGGACACCUGCCAAAGUGUCACAAGUAGCACGCCUGAUGUAGCAGCGCGAAGAAUUAGCAGGAUGUGCAAUGGUGGAAUCAAGCCCGGAGGAUCGGCAGCGGAGCGGGGGAAAUUCCAGAAAAGUUUUGCAAAUGAAAGGACCCAGCUCCAGGCGAUGCGUCUAAGGAAGAGCAUAUAGAUGAAUGGCCCUACAACAGCUGUAACGGAGCUUCUAAUUACAGCAUCGUAGAGUACCUGGGGUACGGCCUUCCGGAUCCUGACAGGUAGCGGCUCAAGCUCAUGCGUACUAUGGUUUGCGGAAUUUGCGCUUCGCUUCGAUACGGGAAUGUGAAUCUUAUCCCAGUCAAAAUAGAGGUGAAAUAUUGAUUGUGUGAUGGCAAGAAGGGCGUAGAAGCAAUGGAGAUAUAUCGGUCUCUCAUUGAGCUUUGCUCGUUCAUAUGGCCUAGAUAUGAGAGCAACUUUCAGCAUUCCGAUAGAAAGACUUCUCCAGUAACAGAGAACGAACUGACCUUCCCGGCUUUACCCAGUUGAGCUCUGCGCUUUCUGAUGAUGACCACAUAUAUACCUCACUAAACCACCAUGCAGAUACUAGAUACCAGCCAAAGGUUUGGAAAGUGGAGAACGAAAAAAGGGCCUGUCUCGUUGAGCUGAAAGCAGAACUUGUAGUCCGGGCUCCUACGUGCAUCUGACCAACACGGAGGAUGAAAAUAGCAAGGCAUGAGAUAAAAAGGAGUAAUGUCCGGAACCCGCAGGCGCCCAAUGGAAACCAUGACCAGAAGACUAGUAGGAAACUCACUGUUAGCCCUCUCUUACGCAGAGUUGAGAGGUAGCAAAGAAAACUCACAGGAAGAUUUAACGCCAAUAAAGAAAGCCACAACAUAACAAGCAACCAAAGAAACCGCCGACGCAUGCACAAAUUUUCGAUGUAGGGUCGAGGUUAAUAUCCGCCUGUACUGCCUUGGACGGGCCGCAGGCGCCCUGGAGGGUGUGGUUGCCAUGGCCGAACGAGGUGGUCAGCCAGAAAUAAGUCCAGGAGCUUAGUGCAUUGCUGGAGAGCUGGGUAGAUUCGCCAGCUUGUUGGUGGCAGGCUGGGUAAUAUAUUAUUUAACUCCCUUUGCGAUGGGAGGCGAGGUGAGGAAAGCAAAUCACUUUUUUUUUGAGGCUAUCCCGAACUGUUUUCCCACAGCAAAACAAAGUCAAGCCACAGAUGCGCGGUCAAACAUACACCAGCCACAUAUAUAUCUGUUUACGACUUAGCGUCAUACUAUAUUUAGCGCCACCGGGCCCAAAAAGAAUUACAUAAUCGCCCAGCCGCCUGUGAUACGCCAGCCCGCUUGGAACGACAUCAUCGUCGCUCGGGACGAUGCAAAGGCAGCAUCACCACUCGGCAAAACACACGGGCGAUCGCGGCAACACCAUUCCCUAGGAAUACAGCUUCUAUCACUCGUUUUCUCUUGACCUACACUCAGCGGUGGAAGUUGUGCACUGUGUCUUUUCCAUCACUUUUAAUUUUGUUUUGCUAAGCUUGAAUAAUCCCGCCAUGUCCUUCGACCGCCUCUCAUCUUUAGAAGCGCAGCCAACCAGAUCCAACGAUUCGCAGUAUCAAGAUGAUCCGGAUUUUCAGCGGUUGACAGAGUCAUUGUCGAAUCGUCUGUUUACUUUGACUUCUAAUAUCUCGCGCUUGUCGAACCAGAUCUCCUUGCUAGGCACCAAACGUGAUACUGAACGGGUCCGUGAGCGGGUACAUGAUCUAUUAGAGGAGACUCGGGAGGGUUUCCGGGAAGUUGGUGAAGGCAUCAAGAAAGUUCAACUAUGGGUUGAUGUCAAUCCCUCCCAAAAAUGGACACAGCAAAAGCUUUCCUCAGAAUUUAGAUCCACCCUAGAAGAGUUCCAAAUUGCCCAGCGCCGUGCAAUAGAGAAGCAGCGAGCUUCCGCAACUGCUGCACGCACCGCCCUCCAGGAGGAAGAGGGCGUCAUUCCAACUUCACCGCGCGAUGGCCAGACCCUUCAGCAACUCCAGGAACAGCAACCCCGCCUCGCAUCGCAAGCCGAAGUCGACUUCCAAGAGACCCUGAUUAUAGAACGCGAAGCGGAGAUACGGAAUAUCGAGCAGAGUGUUGGCGAACUUAAUGAGCUUUUCCGAGAUGUAGCGCAUAUAGUCCAUGAACAAGGGGGACAACUGGAUCUCAUUAGUGAAAAUGUGGAUCGGACGAUAGAUGAUACCCGAGUUGCUGAUACCGAGCUAAGAAGUGCCAGUAGGUACCAGAAGAAUGCGCGCAACAAGGCUUGCUGCCUCCUUUUGAUUCUGGCUGUCGUCUUGGUCAUUAUCGUCCUGGCUGCUACGUUGGCUUAAACAACUAAAGAACAUGUGUUGCUGUUUCGAAUUGUACUUUUCUGUAACUGUUCUUAUUAUUGCUAUAUUGUCCGUAUGAUUUUUUGUUAACAGGCCCUUUUCUUCGUCAGUAUCUCAUAUGCGUUUAUGAUUCCCAAAUAUGUCAAUCCAUUGUUUCCUGCUUCAUUCUGUUUCAAGGAGGGCUCGGAUGUUUAUUUAUAUUUUUAUUGUUUUAAUUUUUUGGGGAGUUUCCGGCCAUCCUGACUAGCUUCCCAUUGCCAACGUUACUAUCGUACAUACAUAUAUAAGAGUCUACUGUAUACACACGCAUCUUACAACCAGCCUUCCACAACAAAAGAAAGACACGUCUACCACCCUCCUAUUGAUAAAAGAGUAAAACAUAAUACAUAUAUAUCGUCAGCCCAAUCCAACCAGGCGACUGGCCCUCAU